AUGUGUGUGUUGACGUCACUUGAAUUAUCAAGAGUGGAGAUACAGGCGAGAGGCUUUCUUACGCUUGGUACUAUUGCCACACGAUUUGCCGGUCCACAUCUCCUAAUCGCAGAUACAGCUUGGCCAGAAAUAAUCGAACUGGGCGUCUGGCCUGGUGUUGACUGGUGGCGUCUCGACAGCCUACAGUUGUCACCCGCCCUCGGCUAG